CUUGGAAGGAAACGCUUCUUCGAAAGCGUGACAGAGAACCUGCGAACGUUUCCUCUGUCUGGGGUCCAUUGACCCUUCUACAAGCUCCUUAAUUUCAUGCUCUUCUUCCUCUCUCACUCUCUCCCACAUCACCGUUUCUUUUGUUUCUGUCUUUGUGUGGUGUCACCUUAUUCACACCUCUCUCUCUCUCUUUCUUUCUUUCUCUCUCUCUCUCUUUCCUCAUCAAUUCUUUAAAUCCCUGUCUUUUGCCAAAGUUCAUUAAUUUUUUCUUCUAUUGUGCCUCUGCUCUGUUUUCAAGCAAGCUUCUCCAAUUUCCUCUUCUGGGUUUUUCUCUUUUGCCUAUGGCUAUGGCUAAUUGGAGAAAACAACAAGCUGAGAGUCAUCAUCAUGUGGGUCACUGGCGAUCCUCCUCCUAUAACAGAAAGCCACCUUUGGAUACUUGGCAUUCUACAGUGCCUUCUUGGGAAAAGAAGUUCUGUUUUACAGUUGGCUCAGUUCCAUGGAGAAAGCUAAUCGAAAGCAAGAAGUAUAUGUAUCUGCAUGACAAUGUGAUAAACUGGGAUGACUCGGCUGUCAAAGAGGCAUUUGACAAUGCUAAAAGUAGGUUUUGGGCUGAGAUCAAUGGCCUUCCCUGCAACAUAUCAUUGCCUGAUCCCAACAGUUACAUUGACAAUGUGGAUUGGAAUUCAAGUGUUGACCCUGAACUUGUUCUGGACUUGGAAAGAGAAGUAAAGGUCCCUAGUGAGGGAGAGAGAGACGAGGAGGUUGUGAUUCUAGGUAGUCCUUUCCUCUUGAAUCAGCAGUCAUUUUCGUGCACUGGAUGGGGCGAUGAUGAAGCAGUAGUACCAAAGGCUUCUGAUCCAAAUUCUGCUGACCAAGGUUGGGACUCAAAUGUGCAUGAAAACAAUGGAGUAGACUCUUGGGAACAGCACUAUGCUCCUGUUGAACAAGCAAAAGAAUACGAGUGGCAGCACCGUCAGAACGAUUUGUGGGGAUGGAAUCAGAGAGAGCAUUUUGGUGGUGACAUGCACAAACUGAGCAAAGGAAGAAAUGGUGGGAAUGGGAAUUGGGGUGCAUGGGAUGGGUAUAACAGAAGGAGAGAAAACAUGUCAUGGUCUAAGAGUCAUGCAUAUAAUGGUAAUGAGUAUCAUGUGAAUAGAGGGAGAAGAAACAAUAGAGGAGGAAGGAGGGGAAGUUUUGCUUAUGACCGUCCUUAUGUGGACAAGGUACCUAGUCCUACUGCAUGGUAAAUGCAUGUAAAGGCUUAAGGAUCAAGGACCCUAGACUGUAAGGACUCCAAUGAAAGUGCUGGAGGGUCAAUUUUGUGAAGGUAGUUGAAGAUAUAAGUUUUGUUAUCUUAGUAAAAUGUCAUAUAAGGUAGAAUAUAUAAGAAGUUGGGACAGCUUUUUUUCAAUUUUAAUACAUUUGUAUGAAAGAUUUAUGAUCUGUUUCCGUGUUACUAGUUUAAGAAUUGUCCCUACCGUAGUGAGAGGGUUGUGUAUAUACAGAUAAAUGUGCAAUGACAACUCUAAAUGAAGCUAAAUUGUUGAUUCUUGUCUC